GACUUCUUACACACAUGACUGUGCAAGGUGUGUGUGACAAAAACACACGACCACACAAACACACCGGCUCAAGCUUCUUCAGUGGCCUGCAAUCUUCAGUGAGUAAUAAAGUUCAGAAUCGAAACAAAUUGAAAAAAAUAAAGGAAGGACUGAUUCAUCUUUAAAUCGAGGAUUAGGAUCGUGAAUGAGGCCUGAAUUCAAAUCUAAAAUGUUCGCUUUGAAACUUAUGUUUGAAUUCAACACUUGGAAUUUUGGGAAUUUAUCUACACGGCUUCCAAACACGGAGCGCGGAAUCCCAGACAGCCCUGAGGACACCAGACAGGGUUCUCUAGACAGAACUCAACUCUUAGAGCAAAGAAUUAACACCUACAGCACUGAACUGACUCUUUUCAUCGGUCUGUCUCUCCAACAUGUCCGCCUGUGGCUCUGUGCUAUAGAGGACAGACUGUGUGUUAGAGAAAUCACGUGUGUUAUAAGCUGUAAAGUUGAGUUAUAACACAGUAAUAGCUCCGAUUGACACGUUUACACUUUUUCAGACGGUCAGGAGUCCACUCCCUCCUUAUACACGCUGUAGGGCACGAUUUCUGGAGGCUUUUUAGCCACAUCCAAAAGCAGAGAGAUCAUCUACUGCGCUCAUGAGCUCCCGAGACCUGAACAAAUGACAUGAUGUUCCCUAAAGUGUGCAAAAUACCCACAAUGCACCUUGUUCUUAGUCAAGAACAGGACAUGGAGCACCAUUUCAGAAACUGUUAACAUGCUUCUUCUUCUUCUUCUUCUUCUUCUUCUACGUCCUCAGAUAUGUUUCAUGUUAUCAUGUUUUUCAACACGUGAGCUUAUAUGUGAUCACACGUCAAAAACGUGUAGUUGUGAACUCAGGUGUAAUAAUAUGACCACGUGUCAUAAAUAAAUUGUGUACAAAAAAAAAAGACGUGAUAUUAAACAAAUAACGUGGAAAAUCCCGUGUAAAAAUUCUUCACGGGUCCUGACAGUAGAUGAAACGUGUGUACAAAUCACACGUGAAAGUAAACACACACACACUGCGUGUGAAAAAUAUGUGAAUAUGUCGCGUUAUUUAAAAACCGCAUGGAUGUGAAUUUCACGUGUGAUUGUUGACGUGAGGAUUGUGCAGCUUUUCUGUUUCAUUUCUUUCUUUCCUUUUUUUCUAAGUUUUUUUUCGAAGUUGGUUGCUAUAAAGUGGCUUCCUGUGUUUUGUGGGAACAUCAAUGUGGCCUCUAAAACCUUCAUGUGAACACACACACACACACACACACACACUCACACACACACUCACACACACACACAUAUACACACUCCUCUCAUUGGCCGCUGAAGCCAUCAUGUGGACUUUGAUGACCUGUCAAAAGCGGUGGGAGGAGCUUAUGUGACGUCAGACAGAAUGUGAGCGAGAGAGAGAGAGAGAGAGAGAGAGAGAGAGAGAGAGAGAUUUGGACGGGCAAAAGAGCAGAAGAACAGCUGAAAGAGAGAAGAGAGAGAUGGCAGUGUGAGAAAUGUGUGUGUGUGAGAGAGAGAGUGUGUGGAUAUAAUAUCUCCUACCUGUCUCUGUCAGUCUGCGCUCAUUUACUGCUGCGAUACACACACACACACACACACACACACACACACACACACACACACACACUGCUCAGGGUUGAUCUCCGGGCUGAGCUGGAAAAGAUUUUUUAUUAUUAAUUUUUUUUUUUAAUUUUUUUUUUUUUGUGAAAAAGAAGAUCUGAUCUGAGUGAGGAAGGAUCUGCUAAGCGGACGGACACACACACACACACACACACACACACACACACACACACACGGCCCAGUGUGUCUCUUCUUCUUCCCAUUCCGGAGUUUUUCUCUUCAAUCCGUUUAACCGAAAACGCGACUUCUGUCUUUUUUAACGCUCAAUGAACUCGAUGAAGGAUCCUCUGAGUUUAGAUCAUCAUCAUCACCACCAUCAUCACCACCACAUCUCAGGAGGUUCCAAACUGAUCUCGGCUCUCCACAUGGCCUCCAAACACGGAGUGGAGGGAAACACGGACACACACAGUCCCGAGGCCGCAGAAAAAGAGAAAGUCCAGAGUAAAAACGAAGACUCCUCCGAUGAUCCGUCGAAGAAGAAGCGGCAGCGGCGGCAGAGGACGCACUUCACGAGCCAGCAGCUGCAGGAGCUCGAGGCCACAUUCCAGCGGAACCGUUACCCGGACAUGAGCACGCGCGAGGAGAUCGCCGUCUGGACCAAUCUCACGGAGGCGCGAGUCCGGGUUUGGUUCAAGAACCGUCGCGCUAAAUGGCGGAAGCGCGAGCGCAACCAGCAGGCCGAGCUCUGCAAGAACGGCUUCGGCGCGCAGUUUAACGGCUUGGUGCAGCCCUAUGACGACGUGUACCCGAGCUACACGUAUAACAACUGGGCGGCGGCGGCUAAAGGGCUGGCUCCGGCCUCGCUCUCGGCCAAGAGCUUCCCGUUCUUCAACUCGAUGAACUCCAUCAGCCCUCUGUCGUCCCAGGCGAUGUUCUCCGCCGCGCCGCCGCCGCCGCCUCCGCCUCCGCCCGCGCCGAGCUCCAUCUCCUCCAUGAGCAUGAGCAUGAGCUCCGGCAUGGCCGUGCCCACGUCCGGUCUCAACGGCCUCAACAACCUCAACAACCUCGGCAACGCGUCGCUCAACUCGCCCGCCGCAGGGUGUCCGUACGCCCCGCCGACUCCACCCUACGUCUACCGGGACACGUGUAACUCCAGCCUGGCGAGUCUGAGACUCAAAGCCAAGCAGCACUCGAGCUUCGGCUACGCGGGAGUCCAGAACGCCGCCACGAACCUCAGCGCGUGUCAGUACGCCGUGGACAGACCCGUGUAG